UUCUCGCAGAACUCACAUGUACUAACGCGCCUCAGUCGCGUAUCCAAAAUGGCAGCCACCAUUGGAAGACUCCUUAGAACUUCGGUGUCUGUGGCUACUACAGCUGGAUUUAGAACAGUCGCUUCGCGUGCUGGAGCGUCAUCCAGAAUCCUCACAUUGCCCGCUGUUCACAAAGCCUGCUUCAGCACCAGCAGCGCAAGGUGGGCCGCAGCUGUGACUCAGCAUGCACCUCAUUUCAAAGCCACUGCCGUCCACAAUGGCGAAUUCAAGGAGAUCAGUCUGGAUGAUUUCAGGGGCAAAUAUCUGGUGCUUUUCUUCUACCCUCUAGAUUUCACCUUCGUCUGCCCGACUGAAAUUAUUUCAUUCAGUGACAAGGCCAGCGAGUUCCAUGAUGUGAACUGUGAAGUAGUGGGUGUGUCCGUCGACUCUCACUUCACCCACCUGGCUUGGAUAAACACUCCACGGAAGAGUGGUGGCCUGGGUCACAUCAACAUCCCCCUACUGGCUGACCUCAACAAGCAGGUGUCCAGGGACUAUGGAGUGCUACUUGAAGGCCCUGGGAUUGCAUUGAGGGGCCUGUUCAUCAUCGAUCCCAGCGGAGUGAUCAAACACAUGAGUGUCAAUGACCUGCCUGUGGGCCGUUGUGUGGAAGAGACACUGCGUCUGGUCAAGGCCUUCCAGUUUGUGGAGACCCAUGGAGAAGUGUGUCCUGCCAGCUGGACCCCAGACUCCCCAACGAUAAAGCCAACUCCUGAAGGUUCCAAGGAAUACUUUGAGAAGGUGAACUAGAAGACAUGGAUUUACAGCUUUAAAAUCACAAGAUGCAGAACAGAUUAAUGCAGAUUCAUCAUUCAGAAUUUUGGCACUGUGCAGUUAGAGCAGACAUUGUAUUAAGUGUGGAAAGACAAAGAGUAAAUAAUAUAAUGACACAAUUAUUUUCCGCUAUACUGCUGACAUAUACAAUUUGUAUGUUAUGAAUUGUAGAUGAAAAUAAAGAUGUGAAAAUCUCA